UUGCAGAACAAGGAAGAAACCAGAAAAUGUUCAUGAGCUGUGGGGCUUUGUAGACAGUAGCAAAGUUCAAAUCUGUAUAAUCCUUUGCAUUUAUAGCAUCUUUAAAUUUUUACAGCUGAUCAAAUCAGAUAAAAAAAUUCAACACAAAUAGAAAAAUCCCUCCACUGCCAAUCAGCAUGUUCUAGUUGCUGAAAUUUCUCAACCAAGAUCCAUUCCUCUUUCCUCUCUCCCCUUUGCCAAACAUGCAAAACCGCCUUAUUUUUUAAUUUCAUUUCCUUUCAGAGCCCCAAGGUUUUGGUUCAUGUGGAAAACAUUGAUAAAUAAGAUUAGGGUUUUCCUUGUUUGAGGUUUGAUUCUUUAUUUCAAAUCUUAAAAAUCUUGAAAUCUUGGUCUGUGCGUCUAUCUGGCAUCUGGGUUUCUUGAGUUUUAGAGUGCAAGCUAAGUAAGUUUGGCUUCUGAUCAAUUUACUUGCUCCGGUUUCUGGGAUUUGUAAAGUGAGAGUUCAGGGUUUAGGGUUUUUGAUAUAUAUGUGAUCCUUUUUGCGAUAUUGUAAACUGCGGAGAAGGGGAUUCAAACUCGGUAUACAGGGGAGCACGUCUUUUCUGACUAAUGUGCUUACGCCUACGUUUCAAAGUUUUUUUGUGAAGAGAAGAAAGAUUAAUGUUUUACUUGGGAUUUUGAGCAAUGGGGUUAUCUGGGUUUUUCCUAAUAUGUAUGCUCCACUCUGUGAUUGUUCUGAUUUGUGGAGCUUUCAUGAUGUUUUACUCCUACGAAUUCUCUGUGUUUAGCCAUGGCCAUGAGACGGCAAGCAAGCUCCAAGGAUCGACGCCUCACGACCGGCUUUUGAUCCGAACAGCGGAUUCCUUCUCCGGAUUGCUUCUGUUUGCCAUUGGAUUCCUUCUGUUCAUGGUUGCUUUUGUCAAAGACCACAAGUUCCAAAGCUUCUUUUCCAAGGGGUGCGUGUUGCUUCACAUUUCCAUGGCCAUUUGGAGAGUUUACUUCGAGAGGAACCUUGAAGAGCUCGCCGGAGACUGGCCAAAACAGGUCGCUGGUGACAUCACAUUGGCGCUUUCAUGGGUGUUACUUCUUGUGUACUCAUGGAGGGAGAAGUAUGAUUAGUAGAAAAAUGCAUUUGCUUUGCUGCGAUACUUCUAAGGUGCUCCAGAGUAUCUUAUAUUUCGAGUUCUUCAACUUCUUGAUCAUGUUGAAAAUUGGAAUGAUUUUGUCUAACAAAACAAAUGAUGUUGAAUUCUAGUAACUACAAGAAUUGAAGGUAGAGAAAAACAAAGAUUAGGUUUCACUUCUGGUUAGUUUAUAGGUUGUUUGGAUCUUGUUAAUCUAGAACAUGUUCUACAAACGCUCUUGUUUAUUUGCAAUUUUGCACAUUCGCUUGUGUCCAUGUUGUAAAUUUUCACAUUAAAGAAUGAAUAAAAUGACAACA